CUCCUAUAUAUGUGUAUGUGUAAGAGUCUAAGGAAGAGCACAAGAGCCAUUUUGUGGUCUUCAACAGAAAAAUUUCCAUCAUGUUUCUGGGGACCACCGUGUCUAUCCUCCGCCCUCACUUUGUCCCUUCGGGUUCUCCAGCCACUUCGUUUGGAGGCACUGCUAGUAAGGACAAAGUUCGCUUCAGAUCUGACAAUACGCAGACGUUAGAGCAUAAUAAAGAGAAAAUAAAGAAGAUGUUCGAAAAAGUUGAACAAUCUGUAUCAAGUUAUGACACGGCUUGGGUGGCGAUGGUUCCAUCACCGACUUCUCCACAAGCUCCUAUGUUUCCUCAGUCUUUGAAUUGGUUAAUAGAGAAUCAACAGAGUGAUGGAUCAUGGGGUCUUCUUGAUUGCCAUGAGUUAUUGGCCAAAGACUCUCUCCUAUCAACUUUGGCAUGUGUUCUUGCACUUAAACAAUGGGGUGUUGGUGAACAGCAGAUCAAUAGAGGACUUGGGUAUAUAGGGUCAAACGUUGCUGCAGCUCAUGACGAUAAACAACAUUCUCCAAUUGGAUUUGAUAUUAUCUUCUCUCAUUUAAUUGAGCAAGCCCAGAGUCUAGAUCUAAAUCUUCCUCUUGGAGGGAAACACUUAGAUACAUUCAUCCAAAAGAGGGACUUGGAGCUCAAAAGUGGGUGGGGAGGCAAGUCAGAAGGAUGGAAAGCAUAUGUGGCAUAUAUUUCAGAAGGGUUUGGGAAGUCACAGAAUUGGGAAAUGGCUCUCAAAUUUCAGAGAAAUAAUGGCUCUCUGUUUAACUCUCCAGCUGCCACCGCAGCAGCAUACACUCAUAUUAACAAUGCACGUUGUCUUGAUUAUCUAGUUUCACUAUUGGAUAAAUUUGAGAAUGCCGUUCCAACAAUACAUCCUUUUGAUGUGUAUGCCCGACUCCAUAUGGUUGAUAGUCUUAAAAAACUGGGGAUUGACCGCGAUUUUAAGGAGGAAAUCACAAGUGUAUUGGAUGAUAUGUGGAGAAUGUGGCAAAGGGAAGAAGAUGACAUAGUUUUAGAACCCACUACAUGUGCCAUGGCAUUUCGUUUGCUACGUUUGCAUGGAUAUGAUGUUUCCUCAGAUGCACUUGAUCGAUUUUCAGAAGACAAAUUCUGCAAUACCCUUCAGGGCUAUUUGAAAGAUGUUGAGGCUGUUUUAGAGUUACACAAGGCUUCACAGAUAGCUUUACAUUCAAAUGAUUCAGUUUUAGAGGAACUAAAUUCCUGGACAAGACACUUUCUUGAGGAAUAUUUGUCUACUAAUUCCUCAAAAAACACUCCUAUACCUUCUAAUCAUCUUGACCACGAGGUCUCUUUUGCCCUUCAUUUUCCUCAUCAUACCUGCUUGGAUUUCAUAUCAAAUCGAAGAUCCAUAGAGCAUUACAAGGUUGAUCAAAAGAGAAUUUCAAAAUCUGCAUACAGUUCUCCGAACCUCGCAAAUAAAGAAUUCCUUGGUUUGGCAGUGGAAGACUUCAAUCACUGCCAAUUUUUAUUUCAUGAAGAACUCAAUAUGUUCAAUAGAUGGUUUGCAGAGAGUGGAAUGGAGAAACUAAAAUUUCCAAUUUCAAAAACAAAAGCUGCUUAUGCCUUCUUGACUGUUGCUGCAACACUCACCUCCUCAGAACUUCGUGAGGCACGUUUAACUUGGGCAAAACAGGCCUCGCUCACUUGUGUGGUUGAUGAUUUCUAUGAUGUUUGGGGCACUGAAGAGGAACAGAUGAACCUCAUACAAUUGAUAGAGAAGUGGGACAUAGAUGUCAACAAAGAAAGUUGUUCUGAGACAGUGAAGAUAUUAUUCUCAGCAAUCAAGAGAACAACGUGUGAGACUGCAACCAAAGCAUAUAAAGUUCAAGGACGUAAAGUGCUGAAGCACAUGAUUCAGAUUUGGGUAGAUUUACUACGAUCUAUGUUUAAGGAAGCAGAAUGGUGUAGAAGCAGAUGUGCGCCUAGUAUAGAAGAAUAUGAGCGGAACGGAAUUGUAUCAUUUGCCUUGGGGCCAAUUAUCAUUCUCGCAGGGUAUCUUGCUGGACAAAAAGUCCCACAGGCUAUCAUUGAAGGUGAUGAACAUGAUCGCCUCUUUGAGGUUACUUGUCUCUGUGGGCGAUACCUCAAUGACAUCAAUGGCUACCAGAGGGAAAAAGAACAAGGGAAGUUUGACUCAAUAAGCUUGCGCUUGAUUCAUAGGGGUGAGAAAACAAGUGAGGAAGAGGUGAUAGAAGAGAUAAAAAGAAAGAUUGAUGAGACUAGAAAAGAGAUGCUGAGAUUAGUGCUACAGAAAGAAGCAUGUAAAGUUCCAGCUGCAAUCAAACAUGUGUACUGGAAAAUGAUCAAAUCACUUCACGUGAUUUAUCAAAAGAAUGAUGUGAUUCAUGCAAAGGAGAUGCCAAAUGAGCUGCUUAACAUCAGAGAUGUAGUUCUCAACCAUCCCAUCGUUUUGGAUUCAUAGGCUCUCAUUUGAUUGGGAACUUUCAAAUUUGAUGAGUAUGUAUGAUGAUUUUAUUUCUCUUAUUGAGAACCCUAAGAAGCUGGAAUUCUUGGUGUGUAUUGAGAUAAAGAGGGAACAAUUUACGUACCCUUAUCGGUUUAGCUGGUAAAUAAAGUUUCUUGAGCUUGUAUUUUUAUCUAAAAAAAUAAAAUGAAAUAAAUAUAUUAGUGAGUUCUCUUCAACAAA